AUGGCUGAUGGAGAAGUCGGAGGAGUGCAGCCUGCCGGGCGUCUUCUCGUACAGGCUCGCGCAGGCGGCGAGCUUCUCCUUGAGCGGGCCGGCGGGCAUCAGGUCGACGAGGAAGCCUGGCCGCACGCCGACGUCGACGUUGGCGAUGCGCGAGCCGCCGCGGCUGUGGGUGCUGCUGCUAGGCGCGGCGGCCACGGCGGAGGCCAUCAGCAGGAUGCUCAGCUUCAUCUUUCUUGUCUCUUUCUUGUCUCUGGGUAUCUCUCUGGUAUCUCUCUAGUCUUGAUGUCUGGGUAUCCUGUCCUGUCUGGCAUCUGUCUGUAUCUCUGUGAGCAGAGGCGGCCUAUUUAA